CUGCGGACGAACGUGCCCCGGAAGGUCAUGGGUUUCCGGGCCUAUCCAUUCGUGGCUAGCGGGAAGCCCGAAAGAGAUCCGAGGAGGAAUCCGGGUCAUGUUAGGUUCGGGAGUGAGGUGUCCCAUGUGGGGUUUGUGGAAGGUCGGAAUUGGUCGGUGAGAUCGAAAAUUGGGAAUGGGGAAUGUGGAUACGAUGAGGUGUACGACGCCGUGGUAGUCGACAACGGGCAUUAUACGGAGCCCCGGGUUGCAGAUAUACCUGGUAUCGAUGAUGAUUUUGGUCUUACUCGUCCAACGAAGAUGAAUUCUUCUGGUAUAGAUGAUGAUUUUCUUUCUAUUGGAAGAACAACUGUGGCUGAUGAGGAUUCAGGGGCCUUCAUGAAUGCUCUGUACUUUGUGCUUCACAUUAGGAAAGCAUGCGAAAAAGUGGACUUACUGGGGAAGGAGUUACUGAUGAUUGUUCUUGGUAUAAUAAUCUCUAUUCUGGCUUCAAAUGGUGAUAUAAUGCGAACUUUGGUUUAGCGAUUUUGAGAAACUGGUGAUAUGGCAUACUUUUUCUGUUUCCUUGGAUUUUUUCCAGCAGAAGGAAGAACAUGUCAAGAGCCUAUUAUUGUUGUUUUACUCGAUUGCCGACUUUCCUAGUGUUUGUAAGAUGAUGAGAUUUUGACGGAUGCUAGUGUUAUUAAUGCUAUUUGGCAUUAACAUUAUUCAUUAUUGUU